GACCUGUCGCUGGAGGCGGUGCCGAGGCCGGUCUGUGGGCAGUCGGAGCAGCGAACACACUUGCCUCUCUGGGCUGUGUUUCCCGUAAAUCACACGGAUGCUGAGCAAAAGCGGGCCGUCGGGGCCGAGGAAGCGAAGAGCAGGAAGAGGAGGGCAGCAUGGCGUUGGUGAUCCUGUGGGUUUCUCUGACAGCUGCGUUGGUUUUUGAAGUGUUCGGAGAAAUAAAGAUCCCAACACAUAUUCGAAUUCAGGCAUUUAAUCUCAAGUAUGUGCUAAAGUGGGACAAUGUGAAGAACAGUAAUUACAGUGUGAACUAUACUGUAAAUUAUAGAAGUAAGGUUGGAGCCUGGAAGAAAGUGAAGGGAUGUAAACGUAUCGCCCAUACAGAGUGUGAUUUCACUUCAGCAGACAUUAUUUUUAAUGGAGAAUACAUCCUGCGGCUACGUGCCCAUCAGGGGAAUCAGACAUCGGCCUGGUUGUGCACAGAUUCAUUUAUUCCCUCCAGGAACAAUGAAAUUGGACCACCAUCUGUACAGGCAGAAUCAAAAGGGCACUUGCUUACUGUCAGCAUUUCCGAACUAUAUAUGGAAAAUAAUGCAUCUAUAGAAAAAAUGUAUAAAGACAUUUCGUACAGGAUAACCUACUGGAAAGAAAAUUCUCAUGAAAUUAGAAACGAGAAAAACAGCACAAACAGAUUGGUAGUUCUGAAGCUUGACCCUUGGGCCACAUAUUGUCUGAAUGUACUAGCUUUCAGCUCCAUGUACAACAAAACAGGACAGGCUAGUUUGGUUGUGUGUGAAAAGACUGGUGGUGCUACUCCCGAGUGGCAGAUUGCUAUAGGCUUCUUUGUUUCACUGGUGAUGUUUUUCAUUGUACCAGUAGGAUGCACCUUGUGUAUACAUUGCACGUACAGAUGCAUAAUGUAUACCUUGUUUCCCCCACACACCUUGCCAGAACAUAUACAAGAGUGCUUCAGUGAGCCGUCCCAAAGUGCUCCCUUGCAUGUGCUGACAUCGGUUGAAGAUUCAGAGGAGUGCUGUGAUCCACUCAUAGUUGUCACCAAAACCAAGAGCGUAAGCUCCUGUUCGAGUUCCUUUAUAUCUACAGUCGAGAAUGAAAUGCAUGAUCAAAGUGGUCAAACCAGCGCAGAUUCUGGGCAAUUUUCAAAUGCAGGAAGUUCCAGGAUUGAAGAAUUUGGAGAAAGGACAUUAACAGACCUUGAUCUACAGACAUAGAUUUGGGAUUUAGAAACUAAAACUUUUCUUUUGAGUCCUAUAUCUGAUUUUUAUUUCAGAUAGUAUUUUCUCAUCUGGCAUGUAUCACUGGUUGGGUUUUACAUGCAUGUCUGAGGUAAGUGUGCCAUUGAGCUUAUUUAAUUUCAGAUGUUUUUAAUUUUUAAUGCUAAUUUGUUAUAGACCCUUAUAUCUUCGACUGCUCAGUUAUGUGAACUGAAAUUGCCAGUCGUGAUGAAAUCGCAUUUAGCCGGACAGAAUCCCUAUUUAAACAGCAAACCUUUUUCAUGGUUGAAAUAUAGGGAUGUCGAGAAAAGUGCUUUCUUUUAAAUAAUGUUUGUGUUUUUCUAAAAUUUCCGGCAGCUACCACAAAGCUACCUACACUCUUAUUGACAACAUCGGUAUUGUAAUAAGAUAAUCGGAGUAUGCCAUAACAGUACAAUAAUGGCAUGUCUUCAGUGUUAAUGCAAUUAAGAUUUUUAAAUGUGCAUUGUUAUCAAUUGAAGUAAUAAUUGUGCCUUUGUAAGGAUCUGGAAUACAUUGGCUGCUUGUAGGGGUGCUGGAAGGAAAAUGUUUUGAUGGCAGAAAUAAAUUACAGAACCCUGGUCAUCUGGACUUACUGGAUAACUCUGCUAAAUAAUUGAUAGAGGGUCGUGGGCCAUGUAUCCUCCCUAUAUUAUAUUCUGUGGCUUCCUUGGCUGUUCUCUUAUGCCCAGUGUGACGAUGAAUCGUAGAUACUGACAGGGUUCGAUGGUUUAAUGAUCAGGCCAGAUUAGCAGUGAAAUAUUUUAAAGGGUUUCAGAUGAGGAAGAAUAAAUAUUGUAAUAUUCCUGCUCAAUUUUUAAAUUCUUGGAAAUCUUUUGAAAGCAGUGAGGAUAGCAAGGAUAAAAGGCAAAACUAGGCCAAGCUCCAACUAUGGAAAAUAAUUGCAUCUCCCACCAAUCAAUCACUCAUUCAUUCAUCCUAGAGUAUAUAAAGCAAUUAAUAAUACAGGUAGGGGGAAGUACAUAAUCCUUAAUAUUCUAAUAAUCUCAUCCACCCUAGUUAUUUGAUACAAAUACAUAGAUAGAUGCUCCUGAACACAUCAUCAGUGAUGUAACCUGGUGUCAUUGGGUGUUUCGGGUCUUUCAACAUCAGACACCCUCACCCAGGCGACCCAGCUGAGAACUAGAAAAUAAUAAAGACGAGGAAAAAAUUAAAUUAAAAAAUUCCAGUUCUGGGGUUACCCUGGAUAGCUUUCUUGAUUAUUCAUCAAGUUUAUUAAUUCAUGUGUCACACAACAGUUUGUCCAUGGAUCCACCCUGAUGCCCAAAUACUUCUUAAACAUGAUAGGAUUAAUGAAAUUACACCCGCUACCAUUUGAAAUCUACUUCUUGCCAGAAUUAAAAAUGACACAAAAUGUUGGAAUAACUCAGCAGGUCAGACAGACUGGAAACGUCAUCCAUCCAUGUUCUCCAGGGAUGCUGCCUGGCCUACUGAGUCCCUACAACACUUUGUGACUUUUUUGUAAACCAGCACUCACCUGCUGUGUUACUCCAGCAUUAUGUGUCCACCUUCGAUGUUACCAGCAUCUGCAGUUCUUUAACAAAAGCCAAUACUGCACAAUAAACCUUGUCCGUCCUAAAUAAAAACCAUACCCAUUUCACUUGGAAAAGGAAACAGUGCAUAAAAAAUUUGAAAAAGUCAACUGAAUUGAGUUAAUAGGUAUUACAGUCACAGGUGCAUGUUCAAAAUAAUGAGCUUCCUUUCAUAGCACUCACAACAAUGCAAUCAGUAGAAUUUCCAUGUGCAUUUGAAGCGGCAAAUUGCUAACUUUCUCAUCGUAUAAUUAUAAAUAUUUGACAUUCAUGUCAUUUAAUGCGUCUUUUCUUAUGACGGAAUUAUAAUUAUGUUUUCUAUUAUCCAGUAGUACUAGGCUCCAUGUGUCUUCAUUGAAGGGCUUUAUCUUCAGCAUCUCUGGCCAUUUAAUACCAUGACUCCUGUUGUUGAAUAUUGAAUAUUCACCAGCUAUUAAACAACACAAUGCAAAAAUAAUGAAUAUUGCUUUGAAUUUCUGCCUUGUAUUGAAUUUUUCUUUGGUUUGUUAAAUUUCUGUUUUGUACUAAAUUUGUAAAAAUAUUUUAUAUUUUGUACUAAAGAGAGCAAAAAACAAAAAAAUAUUGAAACCUGAGUAAGAAAUUAUAAUGAAGAAACGUAGUCCAUUUGAAAAUUAAAUAUUAUUAUUUGUUAUUUCA